AGGAAACAGGUUGUUCCUGUUCAGUUGUCACUGAGGAGAGACACACAGACGGAGAGACAGACGCUGCACUCAGAGACAAAAUGGCUUCCAGAUUAGAGGAGGAUUUCUGCUGUCCGGUCUGUCAUGAUGUCUUUAGAGAUCCUGUUGUUCUGUCAUGCAGCCACAGCUUCUGUAAAGACUGUCUGAAGAGCUGGUGGACAGAGAAACAGACACGUGAGUGUCCAAAUUGUAAGAGAAGAUCUUCAAAGGCUGAACCACCCUGUAAUCUGACUUUAAAGAACCUGUGUGAGAGUUUCUUACAGGAGAGAGAUCAGAGAUCUUCAGAGGCUCUCUGCAGUCUGCACUCUGAGAAACUCAAACUCUUCUGUCUGGACCAUCAGCAGCCAGUGUGUCUCGUCUGCAGAGAUUCAGAAAAACACUCCAACCACAGAUUCAGACCCAUCGAUGAAGCUGCUCGACGACACAAGAAGGAACUUGAGGAAACUCUGGAGCCCUUAAAGGAGAAGUUAAAGGUUUGUGAAGGAGUUAAAGUGAAGUUUGAUCAAACAGCAGAACACAUGAAGGUCCAGGCCCAACGCACAGAGAGGAAGAUUAAGGAGCAGUUUAAGAAGCUUCACCAGUUUCUAGAAGAGGAAGAGGAGGUCAGGCUGGCUGCACUGAGGGAGGAAGAGGAGCAGAAGAGUCAGAUGAUGAAGAAGAAGAUGGAGGCUCUGAGCAGAGAGAUAGCAGCUCUUUCAGACACAGUCAGAGCCACAGAGGAGGAGCUGAGAGCUGAAGACGUCUCAUUCCUGAACAACUACAAGGCUGCAGUGGAAAGAGUCCAGCAGCGCCCCCUGGAGGAUCCACAGCUGCCCUCAGGAGCUCUGAUAGACGAGGCCAAACACCUGGGCAACCUGACCUUCAACAUCUGGAACAAGAUGAAGGACAUGGUCUCCUACAGUCCUGUGAUUCUGGAUCCAAACACUGCUAAUCCAAAACUCAUCCUGUCUGAAGAUCUGACCAGUGUGAGCGAGGGAGAGGAACAGCAGCUUCCUGAUAAUCCAGAGAGGAUUGAUCAGUACUGCUCUGUUCUGGGCUCAGAGGGCUUUAACUCAGGGACUCACAGCUGGGAUGUCGAGGUUGGAGACAGUACAUUCUGGUUACUGGGUGUGUUAGCAGAGUCUGCCCAGAGGAAGGCAGACAUACUGUCUGGAUUCUGGAGAAUAGGGUUCUAUGAAGGUAAAUACUCAGCACGGUCACCAUCAGCUUCAUCAACUGAUCUUGUAGUUCAGAAGAAGGUCCAGAGGAUCAGAGUGAAUCUGGACUGGAACAGAGGAAAGCUGUCGUUCUCUGAUCCUGAUACUAACACACACAUACACACCUUCACACACACUUUCACUGAGAGGAUGUUUCCAUUAAUUUACACUGGGGAUAAAGUCCCAGUGAAGAUAUUACCAGUGAAGGUCAGAGUGACAGUGUAACAGAGCAGUUAGAGAUAAAGAGGAUGAUUAUAUUCAUGAUGUUUAUUUCUUAAAGAGAAAAGUCUCUGAAUUGAACCUGUUAAACUGAAACCUGCUCCUCAUUAUUCCAACACUGCAGGAACAGACACAUAUUAUUAAAUAUAAUCAAAUGUUCUGGUAUUAAGGAAAUAUUUAGCCAAUUGAUCUGAAAUCAAGAAUUUGUGCCUUUUCUUUGUAUCUUGUAUUUUCCUGUUUUAUUUUGUUGUUUAAUUCUAUUUCUGUUUUAUUAUCUGAAAUUUUCUACCUGGUUUUAUUAUUCUGAUUGUUUUUAUUUUCUUUUUGUUGUUAUUUAGUUUGAAAUCAGCUUUUUGUUUCUAUUUUGUUUCUAUUUUAACUUAAAGACCAGCGACCAGUUUGUGGAAGGUCGGUCCGUGUAUGUUUUGGUCAUUGGAUUUUCCUUUCAGAAAGGGGUAAUAAAAAACAGAAAACGA